AUGGCUCAUCAGCAUCCAACGUCGCCCUGGGAAGGUGUUGUCUCGGGUACAACGGCGGCCAUUUUGGCCAAUGUGAUCGUGUACCCCGUUGAUAUUGUUAAAACCCGGAUACAGGUUCAAGUUCGCCAACGCCCGCAAGAGACCACCGAUCAAGAGAAACAACUCACCACAGAACCUACACUAGAAGACCGCGCGCAUCAUGAUGGAGCGAUCGGUGCCAUUUGUCAAAUUUUCCGCGAUGAAGGUGUCCUUGGUCUCUACAGUGGUCUUGGAAGCUCUAUUCUCGGAACAGCUUCCAUGAACUUUGCCUAUUUCUACUGGUCCACAGCAGCCCGAAGCUUCCAAGUCUCACUCUUCAAAAGAUACGGACUCCCGAAUACGAAUAGCAUCUCGAAAGAGCUGCUUCUGGGAGCCGUAGGGGGUGCAUUAGCUCAGCUGUGCACCAAUCCAAUUGCGGUGAUAUCUACAAGACAACAAACACGGAAAUGGAAUGAGCAGAAGCGAUCAAUAUGGGAGACCAUGCUUGACAUCAUCCACGGCGAGGACGGCUGGACGGGUCUUUGGAGAGGCCUCAAGGUCAAUUUGAUUCUUGUCAUCAACCCCAUGGUUACAUAUGGUUUUUACCAAUGGCUGAGAGAGAGGCUCCUUGGCCUGAAGAAAGGGACGAUACUUGGACCCUUCGAUGCUUUUGUGCUGGGUGCUUUAUCCAAGGUGCUAGCAACCAUCGCCACACAUCCGCUGAUUGUUGCUAAGACAAUGCUUCAAUCCAAGCCCCCAGAGUGUCGGAAGGGUAAGGCUUUUGCGGGGUUUACCGAAGUUCUACUUUACAUUGCCAAGAAUGAAGGUCUCUUCCGGUUGUAUAAAGGCCUUUUACCACAGAUCAUCAAGGGAUUUUUGGUCCAAGGGUUAAUGAUGAUGCUAAAAGAAAGGUAA